AGUCGUUUCAGCGACGCUGUGGUCUGUUGGCGGAGUGCAGCGACACUCCGCGGUUCUCGUUUAAUUCCGUGCCGUGUGUUUCAUCAAUUUCAUCGAAAUGGAUCCAGUAAAAAUGUCCAUGCAGCCGCACAGCAGGAAACGGGUCUGCUACUAUUACGAUAGUGAUAUCGGAAAUUAUUAUUAUGGCCAGGGACAUCCUAUGAAGCCGCAUCGCAUAAGAAUGACACAUAAUCUACUUUUGAACUAUGGUCUUUAUAGAAAAAUGGAAAUAUAUCGGCCUCAUAAAGCCACUGCAGAUGAGAUGACAAAAUUUCACAGUGACGAAUAUAUUAGAUUUCUGAGAUCUAUAAGGCCCGAUAAUAUGUCGGAAUAUAACAAACAAAUGCAACGAUUUAAUGUAGGAGAAGACUGUCCUGUUUUCGACGGUCUGUAUGAGUUUUGUCAAUUGUCAGCUGGUGGAUCUGUAGCUGCGGCUGUAAAACUCAACAAGCAAGCUUCUGAAAUUUGCAUCAAUUGGGGUGGUGGUUUACACCAUGCAAAAAAGAGCGAGGCUUCUGGCUUUUGCUACGUGAACGACAUUGUGCUUGGAAUAUUGGAACUAUUGAAGUACCAUCAAAGAGUUCUAUACAUUGAUAUCGAUGUACAUCAUGGCGACGGUGUAGAGGAAGCUUUUUAUACAACAGAUAGAGUCAUGACAGUUUCGUUUCACAAGUAUGGCGAGUAUUUCCCUGGGACGGGAGAUCUUCGUGAUAUCGGGGCGGGCAAGGGAAAAUACUAUGCAGUCAACAUACCUUUGAGAGAUGGUAUGGAUGAUGAUAGCUAUGAGUCGAUCUUUGUCCCUAUUAUCUCGAAAGUGAUGGAAACAUUUCAACCUUCCGCUGUUGUUCUACAAUGUGGAGCUGAUUCAUUGACUGGCGAUCGAUUGGGAUGUUUCAAUUUAACUGUGAGAGGCCAUGGUAAAUGCGUGGAAUUUGUGAAGAAAUAUAAUUUGCCUUUCCUGAUGGUCGGAGGUGGUGGUUACACCAUCAGAAAUGUAUCCAGAUGUUGGACAUACGAGACAUCGGUCGCUCUUGGAUGUGAGAUUGCUAAUGAGCUUCCGUAUAACGAUUACUUUGAAUAUUUUGGCCCAGACUUUAAAUUACAUAUUAGUCCGUCAAAUAUGGCGAACCAAAACACUCCUGAAUAUCUGGACAAGAUAAAAACAAGAUUGUUCGAAAAUUUGAGAAUGCUACCUCACGCACCUGGCGUGCAAGUUCAGGCAAUACCGGAAGACGGAGCUGUUAUCGAGGAUUCGGAAGCUGAAGAUAAAGCAAAUCCAGAUGAUAGAUUACCUCAACGUGAUUUAGAUAAAAGAAUGCAGCAUGAAAACGAAUAUAGUGAUAGUGAAGACGAAGGUGAGGGCGGACGAAGAGACAAUAGGUCGUAUAAGGGAUCUAGAAAGCGGCCCCGUUUGGAAAAAGGCCAAGAAGCCAUGGAUACUGAUUCAAAGAAAGAUGAGGAUAUGAAGGUAGAUGCAAAAGAAAAUGAAAAGGAUGACAAGGUAAACCCCACGAAUGAGGAGACGAAGAAAGAUGGCGGAGCGAAUCCCUGAUAGACGGUUGCCCCGGAGCAACUGAGAAAAUGGAGAAGCUCUUAUUUAAAUUAAGUAACAAAUAAGUUUAAAUAACUUAAAAAAUAAUGGCAGCACACAAGUGCAUAGAUGUCUGCUGUCUCUACCUCGCGCGCGCCCUACAAUUCGAAAUUCAUUAUGUUCUUAUCAAAAAUGAAUCUUGAAAAUGUUUAGACGUCUAGAAAUAUCGGUUUAUAUUUGUAGAGGAUGCAUACCCUCAUUAAAAUUGACACGUAUGAGCGUGUACGUAAUUUAUAAUAUCCCUACAAUUUUAAUUACAGACCAUUAGGAGUUCCGAAGCGUAUCUCUAAUGGUCCGUCUACAUAUACAAUAGAUGCAGCAAGUCGUAAGAAAUCGAUCGAUCGAUCACAAUUGAAUAUGAGGAGAAUGAUUAACUAAUUAGUUAAUUUCUGAUUAGUUAAUUUCUUACGGCUUAAAGCUUACAUUUAUUGUAGACGGACUAUAAGUGUUUCUGAAAUGUGUUUUUCCGGAAAGUGAUUGGAGCCGUACCGCACAAAGAUGAUUAAAAAUAUUACGCGUUUGCGAAACAGUGUUUCAAUCGAUUCGUCAGAAUUUUAUCAUCUGACCACGAUUCUUUUUAUACAUAUAUUUGUUUAUAGUGUAUCACUUCAACUUGUAAUUCAAUUUUCGUACAAGAGAUCAUUCGUAAAUAAAUCAGUCUGUUUUAGGAUUUUAUAUAAAUGGUUCAAGGAUUUUACACAAACAUAUAAAUAUUCUAAAAUUAGAUCAUAAAAUAUUGACGAUCGAUUCAGAAUAUCAACGAGAUUAUAUCGCCCGAAUGCUGCAAUCAAACUCAUACGAGAUGCAUAACAUGAUACGUAUAUAAACGUACGUCGAUCGUGUACAUUUUGUUUGCACGAUCGACAUAAUUUCAUAUGUCUUCUUACCCAUGCGAUUAAUUGAACCACAUGAGAGAGAUUACUAUACAGAUUAUUACUACAGUUUAUACUAAGGAAAAGGACAGAACUGUCUCUUAAUCACAACUACUCUUGAAAAUUAUGCGUCGAUAUAAGUUUUCGCUUCCUAUUCUUGUACAUAAUAUGCAAAUUAAUGUUAAAGAAAAUUAAUUCUUGCAUGCAAUAACAAUAUUGUAAUCAUAACGAUGUUCUUUAUGAAAGUGUAAAAUGUCUUACAUUACUCGAAAAAUUAGCGCAUGUUUCUUUGGCUACCUCUCCGAUUUAUGAUAAAUUGUUCAGAUUAUUAUUAGUUUUUAACGUAUUUUGGAAAGCGGAAGGUACAGCAAAUAUUUGUAACUUAAUAAAACUAAAUGUUUCCAGACAAAAAUCCAUUGUAUUGAAUUUUCUAGCACGAAUUUUUUUUAUAAGUUCUCACAUUUUGAUAAACUAGAGAGGUGUCCAAAAAAGAAAUAAUUAUCUCGAUAUUUUUGAGUAAUGUAUACAACAAAGAAGCAAAAUGAAGAAAGUGCGGUGAAGUUAGGACAGUUGAGAAAUUAUGUAAUCAAUUUCGAAUGUAAUUGUAGAAUCUUAAAUGUAUACUAUAUAGACAAAACUUAUCUUGAUUUAUAUAUAAAUAUUAAAAAAGCGAUAUGAAAAAAAAUUAUUCAAGUGGCAUCCAAAUCGAUUUCUAUACAGUAAGAAUUCAAGAUCGCGAUGCCAUUCCAAAGAUCGAGCCUGCGUCGAUCUUGAUGCAACAAAAGUAGUUUUGCUACAAAAUCUGUAUUUAGACUAAAUUCUUAUGUAUUGCCAGAUUUUCAUGUAAGAGCAAUAAUUGCGUAUUUAUAAUUUUAUGUACAUAUAUUAAAUUUGUCCCUCUUUGUUUCUUUGCGAUGUCAGAGUACUCGAUUGGGUCAGACCAGUGGCCAUUGUCGAUUUUGAAUAAUCUGUAAUAAUCUGUAAUGUGCGAUUGAUCGGCAUCAGACAUAAAAGCAGAUUGAAAAGAAUUAUUGCAUUAUGUCUCGUGUAAGUCAAUUUGAGAGAUAUAGAUCAAGUAUUACACUUAGUCCACGUAUAAGAGUACACAUAUGGACGUUUUUAAAUAUUUAUAAUAAAAAAAAUAAAUCUAUAUAUGUGUA